GUGGACUUUUGUAUUAUUUUUGUAUCCUCAUACUUGGAGACAUUGAUUUUCAAACUUUAAGUUUAGCGCCACCGUCCCGUGGUGUUUUGGGCAGCCAACCGCACAACAAACGGGGCUCGGGCAGCGAGUGUCCAAUAAGAUAUCCAAGAAGUUGGCGGCAGCCAAUGUCCGACAGCCGGAGCCGAAUACACCGGAUAAACAAGGAAUCCUCGUAGGCAAAAGACCGCGCACUCACGGUGCUACUUGUCCCAUUGUUUGAGAGAUACAACUAGCGAAAGGGUAAGACAAGAUGGUGAAGGAUCCCAAGAAGCCCCGGGGCAAAAUGUCCUCAUAUGCCUACUUUGUGCAAACCUGCCGAGAGGAGCAUAAAAAGAAGCAUCCUGAUGCCUCUGUCAACUUCUCAGAGUUUUCCAAGAAAUGCUCUGAACGAUGGAAGACAAUGUCACCAAAGGAAAAGGGAAAGUUUGAAGACAUGGCCAAACAGGACAAGCUGCGUUAUGAGAGGGAAAUGAAGAACUACGUGCCCCCUAAGGGCCAGAAAAAGAAGCGAUUCAAGGACCCAAAUGCCCCAAAGAGACCACCGUCUGCGUUCUUUCUCUUCUGCGCCGACUUUCGCCCCAAGGUUAAAGGUGAGAGUCCUGGACUCUCCAUUGGGGACACGGCCAAAAAGCUUGGAGAGAUGUGGAACAGCUUGUCUGGAGAAGAAAAGCAGCCGUACGAAAAAAAGGCUGCCAAGCUGAAGGAGAAAUAUGACAAGGAUAUUGUGGCAUACCGCACAAAGGGCAGCGUGGAUUCAGCACCAGCUGCUGCAGCCAAUGACGAUGAGGACGAUGACGAAGAGGAGGGAGAUGAGGAGGAGGAAGAGGAGGAAGAAGACGAUGAUGAGUAAAUCUCAUAAGGAUGGGACCGGAAGUUUUUGUUUAUGCCAUGUAAUCCUAAUGUACUCAGUUCACCAUCUUGAAUCAUGUCAAAUUGAACAGGAUCAUGUGUAUAUUUAAUGUUUUUAUGAUGUACAGUGUUAAUCUCAUUUUUUUUGUAAAGUUAACACUACAUAUCCUAAGUUUGAAAAUUUUCUAGUGGUAGUUCUGUAUUCCUGCCAUAUUAUGUAACUAUUUAGAAGGACUACACAUCACUAUUACAGUAAGUAGUCUUUAGGUGUUACAACUCAAAAAUGAGAUUGAUGAGUUGGUAGUGUAUCUUUUUUUUAUUUUUAAAAUUAUUUUUUUAUGUGCUGUCCCAGUGUCUUUUUAUUGUCCUUUUGAAUACCACUCUAAAAUCAAAUGCAGCUGUCGACAUUAAAGAAUGUCUUCAAUAAAAAUUUCUUUUUUAA